AGAGCUGCUCCAGUCACAGCAGUGGCUCAGCCACUCUCCCUUUGCUGGCUCCUUUCCCAUUUUGCAGAAGCUAGCGAGUACUAGAGUACUAGUACAGAUCCGCGGUGAGGGUUUGGGUGUCCAGCCUCGCCAGACCUCCCACCGGCGGCGGCCGCCCUUUCUCCGGCGCUGGUGCCCUUCUCUCCUCUCGCGCUCGCCCACCGGCUAUCGGGGAUGAAGGAUGUGUUGGGGAGCCCGGGGACCUGGAGCGGCAUGGCGCUGCGCCUGUCGCAAUGCGUGUCUGCCGGCGGGUCCAUGGCUGCCAUGGCCACCGCGUACGGCUUCUCCAACUACACCGCCUUCUGCUACUUGAUUGCUUCAAUGGGCCUACAGCUUCUUUGGAGUUUCGGCCUUGCUUGUCUUGAUAUCUACUCUUUGAAGACUAAGAGAGAUCUUCACAACCCUGUGCUUGUAAGCCUGUUUGUUGUCGGGGACUGGGUGACGGCGAUCUUGUCAUUUGCAGCCGCCUCCGCCUCAGCCGGCGUGACCAUCCUGUUCGAGAGGGACGUCCACUUCUGCAGGAUGUACCCGCAGCUGUCGUGCGGGCGGUACGAGCUCUCGGUGAUCCUCGCCUUCAUAACAUGGUCCUUCAUCGCAACAUCCGCCGUCUCCAUGUUCUGGCUGCUGCCGUCUCUCUGAUAGCAGGCGGCGGAGUCUGACAGUCCAUCCUGUGCAGAUCCGUUUGGCAGUAUAUCGACCGCCGUGUCGUGCCGUGUGUUACCUGUCGGGAUCGUCGCGUCGAGUGUACUCUGCUUGGAACAGCUAGAUUCCAGUUGCCAUGCCAGCAUCAGGCAUCCUGUGUUGUUUCACUUGUUUGCUUGGCCGGCUGGUGACGGUGGUCCUACCCAGAGGUUGGUUCUGCGCGCUUUGAAGUGGACAUCAUUUGGAGGGUAAGUGAUCGUUUUGCAGAAAAAAAAAAUGUGCCGGCUAACGAUCAUUUGUUGCAAAUUGAUACAAGCAUUACAUUUGUCAAUCGGCUUUCUGGGAUCCGGGAUCGGACCGAGUGCUUCUUCA